GCAGCAACGGUUGAGUUGGCGCUAGCUUGUUAUGGACUGGGAGUUAGGAGCAGCACCUUCGUCCAACAUGAUUUUAUAAAUGUUAGUGAAAUUGUGACACUAAUCCGAGUUUUUGUACAGGUAGUGUAUUUAGCAGACUGUCAUCUGGCUCCGGUGAUUCUGUCACGUGCUUGAAAGCCCUGUACAAGCUACAUUAGCUAGUUAGCUUCAAGAAGCUAAUGUAAACUGAAGCUACGUAACGUUAGCCAGCUUACAUCACCUUUUUAUCAGUGUUUAGUGUUGUAAUGGAUGAGGAUUUACUGCUCGCUAUUCAGCUACAGGAGCAGUUUAAUAAUGAAUACGAGACAUCACUUUUGUCAAACGGCUUUGAGGAUAACGGCUUUCAGCAAAGCAGCAAGAAAAGGAAAGUGGAAGUAGCUGGAGGUGGCAGUGAUGUUGUCCCCUACUGGAAGCCGACUGCCCGGCCCGAGAGGCCGCUUUCCAUCGUGGACGAGUCCUGGGAGACCCUGGAUCCCAACCCUGAUGUCAGGGCGAUGUUUCUGGAGUUCAAUGACACGUUCUUCUGGGGGAAACUCAGCGGUGUGGAGGUUAGGUGGAGCCCAAGAAUGACACUGUGUGCAGGUGUGUGUUCCUACGAGGGCCGAGGUGGACUGUGUUCAAUCAGACUUAGUGAGCCUCUCCUGAAGCUCAGACCAAGAAAAGACCUGGUGGAGACUCUUCUUCAUGAAAUGAUCCAUGCCCUGCUGUUUGUGACCCAGAACAACAGAGACCGAGACGGUCAUGGUCCUGAGUUCUGCAAACACAUGAACCGGAUCAACAAUGCUAGUGGGACGAAAAUUUCUAUCUACCACAGUUUCCACGAUGAGGUUGAUGUUUACCGGCAGCACUGGUGGAAAUGCAACGGGCCUUGCCAGAACCGCAGGCCCUACUUCGGCUUUGUUAAGAGGGCCAUGAACCGAGCUCCAUCUGCUCUGGAUCCUUGGUGGGAGGAUCACAGGAGGACAUGCGGAGGGACCUACACCAAGGUCAAGGAGCCUGAAGGAUAUGGCAAAAAAGGCAAGAAGGACAGUAAAAAGGAUGGGAAGACCUCAGAGAAGAAGACCUCAGAAAAUGGAAAGCCUUCAAGUACAACUCCAGGUUCUGGAUUACAGGACAUCAGGAACAUUAUCCCAUUCAGUGGCAAAGGCUUCCUACUCGGAGGGAAGUCACAGCCCUCCACGUCGUCUUCCCCAUCUCUCACACCUAUAGUGCCUUCCUCUCCAAAGAAAUUCUUCACCCCUUCAUCUCCAGCUAAAAGUCUCAAUUCUCCUGUUCGCCCCAGCCUGGGUAACAAAGGAAUCUCUAGCUCUUUUCCCUCCAUCAAACCAGGUAUCUCCACAGGGCAGAAACCACCUAUAAAGAGGUCUGUUGGUAACACAAGAGCUUUUGUCAACAUCAACGGCUCGCCAGUGAGAAUCUCCAAACCCCACAGCAGCAGCAGCAGCAGCAGCAGCAGCCAAGAAGCAGAUAAAAUCAGACAGAAAUCCAUUGAAGAACUCUUCAAAAGCACAAGUCAGUCUUCCACCUCCAACAUAGAAACUAAAAGAGAUUCACUGACAUCAUGCAACAGUACAGGGACUGCUACCUCUGCAUCUUCCAUCUUUUCUAAACAACAAACUACCCAUUCAGCUUCCUCUCCCAGAACAUCUAAGCCUAGUCCCAGUAAACCUAGCCAUUCUGUAGUUUCACCAAAAACCAAAGGCAGCCCUGCUAAACCAACACAGUCCAAGUAUUUCAAUCAUUCCAGUAGUGACAGUACAUCAGGAGCUGCCGGUGCCGCUCAGGCAUCGAGGAAGAGGCCGUGGGACGACAGCAGAAGCUCCUCCAGCAUCUUCGACUUCUUCCAGAAGACAUUAGGCAGCAGUUCAGCAGCACCGAGGGAAUUGGUUAAGACAAAAACACCUGCAAUGCAGCAAAGGAUUGCCACUGCCACCACCACCUCCUCCUCAUCCGCCUCUACUUCCUCCCUCCAUUCCUCUGCAGGGAUGCAGAGUUUUAUCCCAUCUAUUUCCUCGUCUUCCUCUUCUGCACUGAUGGUCAGCUGUCCUGUGUGCCAAGCAAAGGUGCAGGAGUCAAAGAUCAACCAGCAUCUCGACUCUUGCCUUUCUUAACCGAGAAGGAGCAGAUGAACAGUGAACGAGACGAUGCAAUAAAACCAUUUUUAAAGGAAUACCUCACCCACAAAAUGACAUGUUGUAUGUCAGUUUAUUCGGCACGUGUUACGUUGUAAAGAAAAGUUUUUCUCGCGUGCCUUGGCGAUGAACGAAGAAUCCAAAAAACAGCGGACAGUCUUGAUGCACUGAAGUUAAGGGGAACUGGGUUUAACAACAGCAAAACUAUAUCAAAAUAUCUCUUUAAAAAGUAUCACGCAAGUAUCAACAAUUUAAAACACUUUGGCAUUGCUGUGGCACACAUGGGUAGCUCAGAAUGCAUGUUUUGGGAAGUACUGAGCAUUCGACUGGAUAAACAAGACUUGGAUUAUACUGCAUGAGAUGUUUUGAUGUAGUUUUGCUGUUUUUUAUUGUGGUCACCCUUUAAUUAAUCAGAAAUUCCGGCUUAGGGCCUGAUACACCCAGCUGACACCUCGUCAUCACUGAGCAUCUGUCAACCUAGAUUUUGCUGUGUGUCACGUUAGCACUAGUUGGCCCUUAUCAGCUGAUUCGGCAUGUUGAAUUGCCGUUAGAGCCGGCAAAGCCCGUCAGCAAAUUAAAUCACAUUUGAUUGGCAGUUCAGCUCAAAAAACGAAAGUGAGGAAAGUAAACAAAGAGCUGAAGUCCAGAUGGAGUGAGACAAAACCCAAGUUGUUACAUGAGGUCAGAUUAUUUUUAUUUUUCCACUGAGCUAACCUAACCCCAACAUCAGGUUGUGUUGGUUAUGUGCAAACUGGCUAACUAGCGUCUUGAAUCCGUCCUCUCUGUCUUCCUAUUAUAUUUUGAUCAGUAUCAUCAAAAAUGUUUGCCUUUUUGUGGAUUCUACGUUCACCGUGGAGGCAUGAAAGAAGAGUUUUCAUCACAAAUUGAUGUACAAACAAGCAAUUUAUGGGUAAAUUACUCCUUUAAAAUGUCUAGAAAAGUUUCAGGGAGUUUGCUGUGUUGACUUUUAGUGAUUUCAUCUGAACUAAAUCUGCUUUUGCAUUUCUCAACAAAGAGAUUUGAAAAUAAGGUUCGACUCUGUUUUUAUAGUAGGAGUGGAUUGUUUUCUCUGUGGUUACCUCACUGUGAUAAUGACAGCUCUUCUCUUACAAGUGCCUGUCUAACACUUUGUGCCUUCAGGGCGGGACUUAACAGAUGAUGUAAGUUAUUUGACUUUUACUUGAAUUGAUAAUGUUUUUCUUAUUAGGUAGGAAAAACAAAAUGUCAGUGAAUUCCCUCUGGUGGCGAGCACCAGAAACUGAAGCAUUUUUGUUUUGAAUAUUUUAAGGAUGGUAUUUAUUUGUUACUUUCUAUCAUACUGAUCAGUUCUGUGAAAAUAUCUCCACUUGUUUCACUGUAAGGCUUCCUGCAACCUGCAUGUCUGUGAUCACAGCUAUAAUAUCAGUCUUGCAGUGAAGCAAUUGCUGAGAGCUGACAGUAUGAUUUUGGUUUGAAUCCUGAAGCUGCUGUGUUGUGUGUAGAAGGUCAUUCUUGCCUCCUCUGGGGGCGGAUGUGUUGGCUCGUUCCUAGAGUCUUAUGUAUCCACCUCACAUCUGCAUCUGCUGCCCUUCAGACAGCAGGAGACAUUGGCUGACCUCUGCUGAUCUGUGGGAAUCACAUUUCAAGCUCGUCAGCUAUUUAUUUCUGCUCAUCUUUACAUUUACACCGCACCCGUCUGCAGGGUCAGGCAGUGCACAGGUAUGAUCGUGCCUACUGAGUAGUAUAAAAACUGAUGAUUUUGUUGACAUUUUUGUAUUUUUAAGGGUGCUUAGAGUUAAAAAUCCAAAUUUCACUGCUACAAGAUGAGAAUUUUAUGUCUGUAUGUUCCACUUUAUGUGUUAUGUUCGUUGAUUAGGAUAAAUAUGUUGGAUUUUGUGGCCAAAUAAAACAUUUUACUGUUCUAUUAUCUGAAUAAUGUGUAUGUGGCUAGUGAAUUAUAAUUGGUCAUGACAUUUAAUGAUAAAAAACUGCUAAAAUGAUAAAUGACCACAACACUUAAUGAAUCUGUACAUCAUCUGUACAUCAAUAAAACAAGACCACAGUGAGCGCCCAGCUGUUCACAGUGAAAGGAGUCGCUCUUGAGACAGGGAGAGGUUAAGGCAGACAGAGAGUGGGUGUGACAGAGCUGGUGGGCGAGCAGAAAGAGGGGAGGAGGGGGAGGGCAGAGGUCAGACAGGAGGAGGCCAGCUGCUGAUCAGGACUACACCCUCCUGUCCCGUCCCCGCAGGACAGGCUGGAGCGAAGCCAGGGGCAGUGACAAAGCCUGUCGGAAUACACCCAUCCCAUUGCAAUUACCACAGUCUGCUGCUGCAGGAAUCUUUGAUGACCAUCUGGUUGCGCAUGCUUCACAUUUUGAGGUGGAGAAUAGAUCCGGGAGAGACAGCAAGAGUUGUUAUAGGUACAAUAUUGUGACAUUGAAACAAAGAAAGGGGUUCUUGUAAGCACAAUAAGUCAUAUUUUGGACCCUUUUCCCAAACCAGAUAAAGUUAAGUCGAGUUUUUGGUCCUGCACAUCUGUUAAUAUGACUUUAUGGUGCUGAGGAAGUAUGCAUUAAGAUUCUACUUAAAGGGACAGUUCCUCCCAAAAAUAAAAAAAAAACAUAUUUUUCCUCUUACCUGUAGUGUCACUUAUUAAUCUAGAUUGUCUUAGUGUGGGUUGCAGAGUAUUGGAGAUAUCGGCUGUAGGGAUGUCUGCCUUCUCUCCAAUAUAAUGGAACUAGAUGGUGCUCGGCUUGUGGUGCUCAAAGCACCAAAAAAAAUAAAUUUCAUAAAACUCUCAGCAAUGUCUCUUUCCAGAAAUCAUGACCCAGUUACUCAAGAUAGUCCACAGACCUCGUUGAGAGCAGUUUCAUGUAGGAACUAUUUUCUUUCUACCAAACUACACCCGCAGAAGGAAGUGUACAGUUACUGCUAGCGCCCCUAGCACCACUGAGCUAGCUAACGUUACAGCUCAGCCGAGGAGGAUGCCAUUAAUGUUUGCAUCUCACACUGUCACGAGCAUGAGCCUCUCGUCCGUGAGUAGAUGCACACUUCCUUCUGAUACAGUAAAUAGCACUACAGGUAGAGGAAAAAUAUGUUGAAGUAAGCAGAACUCCCUCUGCAAGGCCAGUCUCAAGGAUCAGGUGCUGGUCAGCCGCAGGAACAUUAAGUAGAUUAUCUUGUUUUUUUCUGUUCAUCAUUUUGCAACUACAUAAUAAAUUACAAAUGGAAACUAUUUAAUAUCGCACAUCUUACA